GAGAAUUACGCAAUGUGAUUGGUCAACUUCGCAAAAUUAGCCAAUCACAGGCUAGGUUCAGGCAUUCUCAGUGCUUCCCAGCGAAAUUUGAAAUUGCUCGUAAACAUUUUCUUUCUCCACCAUGGAUAUCGAAAAUGAAGUUUAUUUUCUUAAAGAAGAAAUAAUCCGCUUGAAAGAGGAGAACGAAGGAUUGCAGCAAGAUAGAGAAUUAGCAGGAGAGAUUGGGAAAAACCUGCUUGAAAACAAUCAAGAAUUGGAGAAGAAACUUGAAGAAGUAAACAACAACUACAUAUCAACGUUAGGCAGUCUCGAGGAACUCAAGCAAGAUAAUCAUACCUUGCGAUCUAGGCUAGAGAUUGAAGUCCGAGCCAAUUCAAACCAUGUUCACGAAUUGGAGGAUUUGAAGGAGAAACUUCGAAAGGAAUUUGAGGCAAACGAGAAAUCUCAACAAAUAAGUACAGAGAAAAAGAUCAAUGAUCUGAGAAAGGAAAUAGAAUCUUUGCAAAAUGAUAUAAGCAAGCACAGCCUGAUCGAAAUUCAACUGAACGAAAAGAUCAAGAAGCAGGAUGAGUUGCUUCAAAAAGCUCGCCAAAAUAACGAAGAACUUCAACACAAGGGAAGAUCACGGUUGGAGAGCGUCGAAGAGUAUAUACAUCUUGCUGCAGAGCUAAAGGACGAGAGAGAUUCUUUGACAUUGGAGCUUGCUGACUGCAAAGAUAACCAGGAGAGAAUUUUAUUCGACAGAAACUUGCUGAAGGAGAAAGUAGAACAUCUGGAAGAAGAACUGCAAGAAAAGGCUCGGCAAGGAGAAACGUGGUUUAACUGUUUACAGGAAGCUCGCCUUGAGGCAGGAGAAUUGAAAGCUGAGUUGGAAAACCUAAAGGCCGACAAUGCCAGGAGAAAUUUUGGAAAACAAGGAAAUUCUUUAUUUGGAGAGGUAGAAGACAAACGAUUAGAACUUGAGAAAAAAUAUGUUAGCUUGCAUGCAAGACAUGAGGGUAUGGUGAAAGUACACAACAUGACAAAACAGCAUCUGCAGAGGUUGAAGAAUCAAGUUGCUACUCUGUUGCAAGUCAAGAGUUGUCAUGCCGACGCAUCUCAGAUUCAAAGGCUGACUCAGGCCUUAGUGCAGAAAGAAGGCGAAGUGAAAAUGCUAAACACAAAAAUAUCAACUUUGGAAAAACAACAGGAAGAGAGCAAUAUGAGCGGCCGUUUGCAGGAAUUUCACGACGCUUUCUCGGAGUUUGGAGAUAAAAAAGACUAUGUGAACUUCCUUCAACUGCAGCUGGAGGAUUCAAAGAAAAAUAUUGCGAAAUUGAAUAAAGAGCUGCAGACAAAGACAUUACUUCAGUUGUCAGAGACUGACAGACUUCGUCACACGGAGCAUCAGUUGCACAUUUCAGAAUCCAAAGUGGAGAAACUUAACAGUGAAAACAUCAAGCUGAGGCUUAAAAUUGAGGACUUACGGAUUAAGAUGCAAAGCCAUUCCCAGAAAAAUGCUCAAGAUGUUCCUCAAAAUAUUACCUCGUCCAGUCUGCGGAAGGCAAAAUCUGCUACCGGGCUGAUAGACACUAAAAGAACCAGUAUUCAACAAUCAGCGCCCAAGAAGGACGGCAGAGAAAACUUCACAUCUAAGGUGAACGCUAAGAUAGCAAAAAUGGAGCCAACAAAUGCGAAACCUCCACUGGCCCCGGCAAAAGCAACUGAACAGUCGUCGUCCAACGGAGAACGAAGCACUGUUGUUUGUUCUGGAGUUGAAUCUAUGAUUGCUGAAAAUGCUCCCAGCUUCAACGCGUCACGAAUAUCGCCUUUGUCAAAUAACGGUGUUGAAAUUGAAGCCAAAAUUGAAGAACAGUGCGAGAAGAAACCAAAAGUGCGCUUUGAAGCUGAGCCGCACCAUAUCGACUUAUCAGAAACUCAGAAUGUAAGAGAGAGUGCAGGUUCCCGUACCGAGCUUUCAAAAGAGAAUUUGCAGCCCGAGGAAAGCUAUUCUGAAUGUGGAAAUAUUUCUACCCUGACUGUGAAAGGGCAGAAAAACGCUCCUGUGGUUAUUAAUGUGAAGAAAGGCGAGACUAAAAACCAAUGUCCACAGCAGUAACUCGUCUUUAAUUAAGGAAUUUUAUAGACAUGGUAAACAAUAGAAGUCUAAAAAUCUUAGAAAAUGUUUGGCCGGGAAAAAGAAAAAGAAAAAAAAAAAUAGCCCAAGCGCGCAGUUUAGCUAUGUUACUGCUCUAGAAUGUCGAAUUUCUUGCAAAUUGAGCAACUCUUUUUGUUUAAAUUGAAAAAUAGAAGCUGGGCGAAUUACAAUACUCCACUUCCAACAGUAUCUACGUGUUCUGCCUCUGAUCUCACUUCCCUGGCAACGAAACUAGUGACGAAAUUACCGGCGACAUUUCUACCACAAACCGAAAUGCAACCUGGAAAAGCAAUUAGGUUACUCAAAAGUUGCAAUGAGUUUUGUUUUUGUUUCGGUGUCACCUUUUGUUUGUAGGGAAAAAAGGGGGAAGACUUCAAGAACAUUUUCUAGGAGACAAACCAAAAUCACUUGUGACUUGCGCGCCUUGUCGUGCGCUUGGAAUGAGCAUUGCUCUGUUCACAGCGUUAUUUUCGCUAUUUCUGAUAGGCCAGAUGUUACAACUUUUCAAUUCUUUGAUAAAACUGUUCUGACCACAGACAACUGACUGACUGAUAACUUCUCUGAAAUAGCCACCGUUUUAGCCAAAAAAGGCAAUUGUGCUUGUCGAUAAAGCUAAACGCGUCAAAUUUUGAAAAUUUCCUAACGAAUAUCAAAAAAUAGCGGUAAUAAAACUCAAUUUUCAAACAGCCUUGGUCUGCUUUUUAUCCGUUAUUAAACGGUUGUGGUGGUACCCUGCCUUGCGAAACUCCCUGUUAACACCAGCACCUGAGAGCCGUGUUGCUACGGCCACGAUUAUUGGUCCAGUGACGCUUAGUUCGCCAUCGUCCUACUUUUAGAACCAGUUUAUACGACCAAAGUUUCACGGGCAAAAGGUGGUUGUAUUAGAAGGACUUUCACUGUAUGUCAGGCAACGCCUAAGUUUCGGGUGGUUUGUGUAAUGUGUGAGGGUCCAGCUUUUAAACUCAACUUCUCAAACUCAUUAAUAAUUCAUCAAUUUUAAACAAAGAAAAUCAUUGCCGUG